CUGAAACAGACUUCACUUUUGCUCCAUAACUUGAAGUGAGAGCACGUAUUACUGCAACAAACUUUGUUCAGUCGAGUUUUUACUUUUUACAUUUGAUUAAUUCAAAACAACAAUGUGGCAACGUCGUUCGCUGAGAGAGGACCAGCUGAGGUCGGAUGUCAGGUUCACUCUGCCUGUCCUGUCCACCAACAAAAGCCUGCUAAGCUGCAACCCACAGCUUGGCAGCAACAAGGUGCUGACGCUUGGCGCGGAAAGCAUCUGUACCCUGGCUGAAGAUAUUUCACGGAUCCCAUCUGCCACUCGUAGCACCACGAGGCAUCUCAGCUCUCGGCAUACGGAGGUCAGCCAGUGGCAGGCCCAGAUAUCUGGGAGCAUCGGGCAAGUGGAUUCGGAAAUCUCUGCUUUGGAGCAGAUGAAAGACACCGCUGAGUGCUGUCUCCAGGAGAAGCAGCUGUACAGUCUUCUCAUGAGCGACUGUGUGGCCAUCCUUAACAGUUUGAGCUCAGCAGUCCACAGGCAGGACCGCGUCCUCAUUGAGCUGAAGAAGGAAGAGCAGCUGACCAAUGAGAUCAGAGAACUGCUCCAGAAGCAGAUCUGCUUCCUGAUCCACAAACUAAGCUCUCUGAAGCAGAUCCACACUCAGCUGCUGGCAGAUUUUCAGGACAAGAGUGAAGCCAUUAAGCUCACCACCAAAUGCAUCACCUAUAACCUCAACACUCCAUGCUCUCGGCUCCCUGCCGGUCAAUACAAGCCUAACUAUGUGAGCUAUGACAAGUGGCUGUCCCACUGCAAGGACCUAUGGCUGAUGGCUGAUAACCUGAUUAAGGACUCGUCUUCCUUCAGGGGAAACCUGCGUUUUAACCUGGUCAAUCUAAAAAAUGCCCAGGAGUGCCAGCGCCGCAGCACAAAUGAUGCCCUGAGAAAGAAGGUCAAUGUGCUGAGCAAGAUCCAGGAUACGCUGAUCUGGGAGAGGCAGCGGACAAGGGAUGAGUUUUCUGAUUUGACAAAGGACAUAGAGAAAGUGGUGGGUCAGCUCAGGAACUGUGAUUCCAAGCUGCAUCAGGUUACCCACCGCCUGGACAUCCUCAACCAGAGACCCAGACAUGAGCUCUGCCUGGACCAGCCCUACUUCAGCCUCACGCUGGAGAAACAUGACCUGACAAAGAUGGCAGCUGGAUUUCGCCCAAUACUGAAGCGCUCUCAGCAGGACCUGGAGCUCACACGCAGGCGCCUGAUGAUUCUGGAGGACAACCUGGCCAAAAAUGCUUAUGCCCUGGAGGUGGAGCGGAAGUGCCAAAACCUGCACCAGAGUUUCCUCCCUGUGCUUGACACCAUUGUGGUCCUCGCCAACAGGCCCAGGCUCUGCUCGGCCAACAACAGAGCUCUACUUACAGUAAAGCCUGGAAUAGUACAUUAGUGCUCUACUGCACCCCUGUGGUCUUUUCAUGUGGUGAUGCAAAAUGCAAUAAAAUACCUUUUAAGCAAAAUUA